GUCACGCUUUGUGUAUCAGUACGUUCCCUUCGGGCUCCCCCAAAUUGUCAGUAAAAAAAUAAAUAGAAAUUGGUUUUAUUAUCCGCCCAUCCAAGAUGUGGUUCAACACGACUGAGGUGGAGACAAAUGUGUUCGUGAUGGCCGACGAUGUGUACAACAUGAUGGAGAUCUUCAAUGAGGCGGCCAGCUUCGAGGGCCGAAUGAUCAAACGCAUCGAGCAUCUGCUCAGCAUCUGCGAUGUUCUGGUGUUCGUGGUGUUGGCCACCAUCGUCGGCCCCUAUCUGGUGCACAAUUGCUUCAGUAAGCUGCAGCGAAGGGUCAAGCGUAGCACCUCAGCAAGAAUCAUUUCCCCAAUGAAAUUAAUCAAAGAGAAGAAGAGCGUGCGCGGCAGCAAUGCAAACUUCAGGGAAACCGAGGAGCAAAAGAUCAACAGCGAGUGGAACCUAAGAAGCAAGAACUUAGCCAGGAAGCCCCAAAAAAUCAGGAGCGACAUUAGCGAAUCGGAGAUGAUUACACGCAGAGACUCGGACAAGAACAUCGAUGAUGACGAGAUCACACUGAAGCCCACGGAGGGCGAGAACUACUCGGCGAUGCUGAUCGGAACACGUGAAUGGGCUGGCUGUCAAUUGUUUGGCCACAGGCGAACCGUGAGGGUCUAAAGUCUCCAACUAAAGUCUGGCUGUUGACACUUCAAGUCAUUUAUUGAGUGAAUUACGAGCGAGUGCAGCCACAAUGGAAUAUUUGCGGUCGCUGGUGAUUCAAUUCGGAUGCUCAACCAUAACUUGGCUAAUUAAACACGAAUCAAAGCAACAAAUAUUAACAUAAAUUAUAAGUAAAUGCAAACGUGACUCA